AUUUGGGAACAUCAGUUGAGUUUUGUCUAGACCAGGCAGCGCACGCACUUAUCCAUAUCCGUAUCCAGUUCAGUUCAAAGAGAUGAAGCUCUUCGUUUGCAUUGUGGUUGCCGUGCUGGCGCUCGGUGCGCCCGCCCAGGCCUUCCUGGGCGCCAAGCUGGCCUUGCUGAAGGCCAUUACCGGUGGUGGCAGCGGCGGCGGCGGCGGUGGUGGCGGUGGCUACGGCGGCGGCUAUGGCAGCGGCGGCUACUCCGGCGGAUACAACCAGGGCUACUACACACAGUCCAGCCGUCCAGUCUAUAGCUCAGGCGGCGGUGGUUAUGGCGGUGGCUACGGCGGUGGUUAUGGCGGUGGCUAUGGCGGCGGCUAUGGCGGCGGUGAACAAGUCAUCAAGGUCAUCAAAGUGAUUGAGCAGCCUCAGAGCUAUGCUCGUUCCAGUGGCGGCUAUGGCGGUGGCUAUGGCGGUGGCUAUGGUGGUGGUUAUGGCGGUGGUUAUGGCGGUGGCUAUGGCGGCGGCAGCAGCAGCAGCUAUGCCUCUUCCAACAGCUACGCAAGUGCCGCUCCCGUGCAGACCAUCCAGACCAGCGCUGUGGCUCAGGCCGUGCCAGCCAUAAGCUACUCCGCUCCCGCACCAGCGCCAGUGACCUAUUCCGCUCCGGCACCACAGCCCGCUCCGAUUACGUACUCGGUGCCCGCACCACAGCCCGCUCCGAUUACCUACUCGGUGCCCGCACCACAGCCGGUGGUGCGCGUGCAGCCAGCACCAGUGACAUACAGCGUGCCAGCACCACAGCCGGUGGUGCGCGUGCAGCCAGCUCCAGUCUCAUAUUCAGUGCCCGCACCACAGCCGGUGGUGAACGUGCAGCCAGCUCCAGUCUCAUAUCCAGUGCCCGCACCACAGCCCGUGUCGCGCCAAUACGUGAAGACCAUCAAGGUCAUUGUCGACGAUGCCAACAGCGGCACCAACCACCUGCCCAGCCCAGUCUACGGACCGCCCGCGGGCGCUGGCAGCGGCUGGAACGGUGGCUGGAACAACGGUGGUGCCAGCUACAGCAAUGCUGGCUGGAACAACGGUGGUGCCAGCUACAGCAAUGCUGGCUGGAACAACGGUGGUGCCAGCUACAACAACGGCGGCUGGAAGAGCGGCGGCAUCUGGGAGAAAUUGGCGUCCGGCUGCUAGGCAGCUCAGCAGCUGCCACACCCUUAUCCCCCACGCCCCCACGAGCUUGCUACACUAACUGCCCACGAUCUAUGUAUAUCUACUCAACUGUUUAAAAUUAUUAAUCUUUUUUUUUUUAGUUUUAAAUACAUUAUCGAAUAAAUGUUCUCCCAAAUUGCUCGUCUUCUCAACUCUGUGUAAAUAGUAUAAAACGAGAAUAAAAGUCAGCUCAUUGUGCAAUAUCCUCAAAACCAAA